AUGCUUGGAGAAGCUGGCAAGUCCAUACACUGUUCUCUGAAGUUUCCCGAGGGGGGUGGGAGUGCGCAGCCUCCGCAUCCGGGACCCACCGCCCACAUUGACCUGAGCAAGCCCUCACGCUCCCUGGUGUUGGCCUUUCUGUUCCAGACGGACUGUCACAGCGGCGUGAGCGGCACCAUCUACGAGUACGGAGCGCUCACCAUUGAUGGCGAGGAGUAUAUCCCCUUCAAGCAGUACGCGGGCAAAUAUGUCCUCUUCAUCAAUGUGGCCAGCUACUGAGGCCUGACGGGCCAGUACGUGGAACUGAAUGCACUACAGGAAGAGCUGGCCCCCUUCGGCCUGGUCAUUCUGGGCUUCCCCUGCAACCAAUUCGGAAAACAAGAACCAGGAGAGAACUCCGAGAUCCUUCCCAGCCUUAAGUAUGUCCGCCCUGGCGGGGGCUACGUCCCCAAUUUCCAGCUCUUUGAGAAAGGGGAUGUGAACGGGGACAAAGAGCAGAAGUUCUACACCUUCCUGAAGAACUCCUGUCCUCCCACCUCAGAGCUCCUGGGCUCCCCUGGCCGCCUCUUCUGGGAACCCAUGAAGGUCCAUGACAUCCGCUGGAAUUUUGAGAAGUUCCUGGUGGGCCCCAAUGGUAAACCCGUUAUGCGCUGGUACCACCGGACCACGGUCAGCAACGUCAAGAUGGACAUUCUGUCCUACAUGCGGCGGCAGGCAGCCCUGGAAGCCCGGGGAAAGUAGCCGGUGCCCACCCCACCCCGUGUCCACC